UCUUGAUUGCACCUUUGCAACAAAAUUCUAUACCUCUGCCGCUGAUGUGUUAAUUAGCCUUGCUAAAUAAGUAUAGAUUUGUGUUGUGCUAUUUAGAGGUGAUAAAGUGGUAUAAAAUAAAUGGUUUAAGAAUUGAGGCCAUAGUGACAAAUGCAGUGAAACGGCGCCAUGACAUCAGCGGCGCUGCUUGUCUUUUUGGUUCUAGUUUCUUUUGGUCACGGUGCGAAAGAAAAACCGGAACUUAGCGAGGAAAUCAAAGAAAUAAUACAACAUGUUCACAACGAGUGUGUCGGUAAAACCGGGGUGGCUGAGGAGGACAUAGCGAAUUGCGAAAACGGCAUAUUUAAGGAGGACACCAAAUUGAAGUGCUAUAUGUUUUGUUUAUUGGACGAAGGGAGCCUCGUCGAUGACGAGGGGAAUGUCGAUUACGACAUGAUGAUCAGCUUAAUUCCCGAAAAAUAUACCGAUAGAGUCUCUAAAAUGGUCAACGCUUGUAGAAGUCAAGAUACGCCGGACAAAGACAACUGCCAAAGAGCAUUCGAUGUUCACAAAUGCUCAUAUGCGGCCGACCCAAACUUUUACUUUCUAUUUUAGUACCUACUUAGCCGCUAGCUGACUAUGGGAGAAGUCUG